AUGCUCUUGAAAGAAUUUUUUUUAUUAAUAUUAUUUUUGUAUACAUCUGCUCGAAUUAAAGCGUACAAUUCUAUCGGAGAUAGAGCUAGAUUUUCUUCACAUAACUUAUCUGGAGAAGAGUUUUCAGUUUUUUUUUCAAAAUUACCAUAUUUAUCUAGUAAAUAUUCAGUUGACCUUAAGCCGGAAUCAUUUUACUCAAGAACUUCAUCUUUAUGGUUAAUUAGAUUUUAUUCGUCAAAAUGUAGUCAUUCUAAACUUUUCGAGCCUUAUUGGAUAGAAGCUACAAAGAAAGCUUUUGAUUAUGCUGAAAACAGUAAUUUUUAUUUCGGUAAUGUCGAUUGUUUUUUAUAUGAAAAAUUAUGUUCAGAAUUCGGUAUUAAGUGUUAUCCUAAAAUAUUACUCUUUGAGGAUGGUCAACUAAAAGAAGAAUUUAAACUUAGCGAUAUUUCGGAAGAAAACAUUCAUGAAAUCAUAAGUUAUAUGAAAAAAAAAACAGAAAAAAUAUCUUUAUCUCAAACCUCAAAAAGAAUAUUGGAAAGAUCUGUUAAUGAUUUAAAGUUGAGGUCAGAGUCGAAGAGAUUUUUCGUUAAUCCUAACGGCAAAUCUAUUGAUCUUACCCCAGAAAUGUUCUCUCAAUUAAUUCAUACAGGGAAAAGCGGAUGGUUUAUUAAAUAUAUCCUUCCUUAUUGUCCUUAUUGUAAAGAAAUGGAAGGAGAUUGGAUUAGAUUUGCAAGUUAUAUGAAAGGUCUCCUGAAUAUUGGCGAAAUUGAUUGUUCCAAGUAUCCCUCUUUUUGUAAAAAAAUGGGAAUUUCUGGUGUUCCCAUGAUGUUUUACUAUAAAGGAAACUAUAAUAUUAAAUAUAUUGGUCCUAGGAAAACAAAUAGCUUUAGAAAAUUUGCACAGAAAGUAUUUCUAUCAAGAUCUGCCCUGGUUCAAAAUUUUGAUACUUAUUCAAAGUAUUCUUCUAGAUUUUUGAUUUUUUUUAUCUAUUUUUAUCACCAAUUAACUCCAGAAAAUAUUGAUAUUCUUGAUUGGAUGUCAAUAGUUUUGAUUGGAAAGGCUCCUUUACUUAGGAUCCCGAAUUCUGCCUCAUUUAUCAAAGAAUCCUCUAUUAAUACUCCGUCUUUACUGGUCUUUCGUGAAGGAAUUACAUUUUCUUAUCCGUUUAGGGAUUUGAAAGAUUUAAGAAAUAAAACUCAAAUUUUUAACUGGAUGAGAUCGUCGUGGCUUCUUCUUUUCCCAGAAUUAACAAGGCAUAACUUUAAUGAUAUUAUGAGACAUGAUUUCGUUAUUUUGGUAAUUCUUUAUAAUACCGAAGAGUAUAAAGCAAAAAAACAAGAAAUUAAAGAUACUAUAUACACAUGGAAAACUAACUAUUCUUCCAAUUUUACAAAUAAAAGAUCAAAACAGCCUUAUUAUUCAAUACAAUAUGCUUGGGUAAAUGCUAAACUCAUGAGGACAUGGUUACAUAAAGCAUUUGGCAUAAAAUAUGGUAAAACAAAAGUUAUCAUUCUAAAAAAUGAUGUUUUUUGGGAUAAAAAUAUAGAUGGAUUGUAUAUUCAAUCAAACAAAAAAGAUAUUUUGAGAACUCUUAAUGCAAUAAUGCAAGAUACGGAUAAAAUUAAGCCCUCGAAUCUAACUAAGCAAAUUGCUCUAGAAAAGCCUCGUCCUAAAAAAAGUUAUUAUUAUGUUUUGAUUAUAGUCUUUAUAAUAACAACGAUAUUAUUAAUGAUAUCUUUGGGUCUUAUUUUGAAAAAAAUAAGGGAAAAAAGACAAAAAGAAAAUGGAAAAAAUGAAGAACCAUUGGAAAGUAGAUUUGAAUAG